AUGAUUUACCCGCACCGCUCAAUACCGCCCAUAUACGUGGAUCUUAACAUACCGGUCACGCCUUCGAGAGACAAAGAAGCUUUGGUACAGCCACCGUGCUCACCUGCCGCCAGUUUCACGACGAUGCUGCAAUCGCGUAACAGUAGCGGUAUCGAGCCGCGCCCAAGCCGCGCCAACUCUCUCUUGUUGAAUUUGAUAGAUUUUCCCAUUGCUGCCACUGAUUCAAAUUCAGAAGUAAGUCUCAAAAGCGAGCUCAACAAUGUGCUUGAUGUGUAUGAUGGGCAUGGCACUUCUGCUGAUCAGCAGCAUCAGGUUAUCCCGCUGCCUAAUGGUCCAGAUGAUACAUUGGACCACAACUUCGCUAAAUUAAAGCAGAGCCGAGACCCUCAGAUCCUUGAGGAAGAUGCUGCCUUUCCCGCCGCUGUUUUUACCAGCACGACCAUUUCGGUUUCUCGACCACCAUUCGCCUUAUCAGCAAUUCCAUCACUAGCGGUUCAGCGAGGUGGCCGCAUUUCCCAGUUUUCAGCCAAGCAGCGUCGUGAACGGCACAAUGCAAACGAGCGACGUCGUACAAAUGCUGCAAAAGAUCGUGUUUGUGACAUGCGCGAUGCGGUGGCGGACCUGGAGCUUCGGCGAGCUGAGCUGGUCGCAAAGCGUGACGCAAACGCUGCCACUAACGAAGUAAUUCCACACCGAAGACCACUCGAUAAAGUGGUUGAUCGCAAAUACGUCGACGGCAAACUUGGCUACUGUAUUCCAAGUAGUUCGACAUACCUUGACCUUGUCAAAUCCGUGGACGACCUUCGUCAAGAAAAACGGUAUUUGGAGGAGCAGCUUGACCUUCUCGACUCUCAAAAUAGUACACUGCAGGCAUUGCAGUCCGAAUUACUUGUUGCUACCCCGUCAUCGAUUACAGCAGACGGUGCCACAAAAAGUCUGAAACGUAAGCGAGCGAGAUCCGACGUCUUGAAUGACAAACAUGAGGCUCUUGCAGGACGCGAGACGUUCUCCCCUGUUGGUGGGUACAGUAUCGAGACAGAGGCAGUUCCAUCAUACCUCAAGGUCCUGUUCUCUGAACCAAUGACCAGCGAUGCAGCUUUUAAUUGGGUCAAAGAUAGUUACGGUGACAUCAUGGCCCUAAAAAGUCAGCAGAGAUCUGGUGACCCGCAUGUCACCUCAUUUUUGGGCUGGCGUGAAGACAAGUGCGAGAUAUCCAAGCCAAAGGGAUCCGACAAGGAGUAUUCACUUGAAAUAAUGAUGACUCGAGAUUUUUCUGGCAUCGCGUCGAGCGAGCUCGUUUUCAAUACAUGGAAUCUCUUAACCCUCCUGGAUACGUUCAAAAAGCUAUUUUCUUUUACCAAAGACUUAGCCGUAUUGCAGACUAUCAAUGACGACUGCGUGGUCGUUCGUAUCGGUAUUGCUCCAUCUCGCGAUGCUGCCGUCGUUCAUAGCAUCGUGGUGCUAGCUCGUGGCCAAAUCGACGGUGGCUAUCUCAUUAGUAUGCGCUCGGUGCCGCUCACGCCAGGCCAGAAAGCCUUUGCGGAUGGUGAAGAGUCCUACCUUCCCGUGCUAGCAUGGAUCAUGCUGUUGGACAAGUACGACGAUUAUGCUCACGCCAUGUGCGAGGUAAUCGUCGGUGCCUCGACUCAACACAAGUCACAUCGCGUACUACGCCGUCUAGCUACCGAAUUUAUCGCCGGCGCAGUGCGCUGGCAGGAGGCAGUUGGUCAAAACAACAAGUGGCUGUUUUAA